AUGAGUCAUAUUCCAGGAGUAUUGUUCUUCUGGAAAGAUCCGGAAAGACCAAUUGAUAUGACACUUCUCCAGUCAGAUCAGUCCAAGAGUUUUGUCUUACUCUCAGAUUCAGCAGUAAUCAAUACUCAUUCACAACAAAGACCAUGUGAGCAAUUCUAUACUGGCAGCUGCGAUGAGUUGAUCACCUGUGUUCUGUUAAUUCACAACUUGGGCAAAAAUAUAUUUGAGCUUGUACAUAUGGUACUGCACUAUUCAAUGAACAAUCUCGAGUUGAUAUUGGUAACCAAAAUCAGAACUUACAAGCAAUCAGUAAUGGUUGACUUUUUAGGAUAA